GUAUGUUGACCUCGCCUCGCAGCGAUACGAUAGUGGCCGGAAUGAGCCCGAAUUAUGGUCCCACGAUGGCUAUGAGACGUUCUCCAAGCUCCCCCCCAAGCAGUUCCAGCCGUACGUGCGCGGAGGCCCCGGUCGCGGGCGCGACAGCAGCCGACGCGGCCGCGAGGACCGCGACCGCGUGCCUUCUCGUCGUCCGCCGGAGCCUCCGCGCGGGUGGGGCCGCGCCCGAGGCUUCGACGAGCGCGACGUACGGCGGCGAGAGUCGCGCCCGUCGCCGCCCCCUCGCGGGCGGCGCUCGUCGCCGUACCGCUACCGGCCCGGCCGCGACGCUGAAGCUGGCGCGCCACGACGGCGGAACGGCUUCGCGAGCCGCAGCCCGCCCCGAAGCCGGCCCCGAAGCCGGCCUCGUAGCCGAUCCCGCAGCCGCAGUCGACGAGGGCGGGGCCGCACGUCCCGCCUCCGCAGCAGCUCGAGUUCCAGCAGCGCGCGGGUGCCCCCGCCACACGGCCGUCGAGGCUUGGCGCCGCCGCCGCGCGCCUGACUUCGUUGCCCUUUCGCAAAUGCGCAUGGGAGAUACCGUGAGGAUCCGUGGGGGGUACUAGGGCCACUGGCAGUAGUAGUCUAGGGUGCAAUUUACGUGG